AUGAAGUUCGCUACCGUCUUCGCCCUCCUGACGUUGACGACCGCCGUCACCGCCGAGAUCUGCCCCGGCGGCUGCUUGAGGUGCAGCUGCGGCGAAAUUACAUAUGACAUCGAACAUUGCCGCCUCGACUGCAGGUGCAACCGGAACACCUACAAGUCGACCGACCCCAACAACAUACAGGGCAACUGCGAUCAGCCGGGCGGCUUCAGUAGCGAAUGCAGCGUCAGAUUGUUUGGGAAGUGUUACUAG